AGCCACAGGUCCAAGAGCGGAUGGGCCCAGACUUCAGGAGGGGGGAGGGGAGAGAGGGCUCCGUCCCGGGGGAGACCAAGCACCAGAGGAGCGCCGCCACAUCCACAGAGUGCGUCGGCCCCGUCUACGCCCCCGACCUUCACCACCGACACUCGUCGGCGUUCACCGAGUGCUCCGCCCUCGCCAGCGCAGGGGCACACCGGCUAGGGGACCCCAGCGGAGCAGCGGGGUGGCCCGGCGGGGGGCCUGGGGUGCUGCCACCCUCGGUCCUCUCCCAGCACACCCAGGACCUGAUCAGCAAGAUCGAGCGGGUGGGAGACACGACGAGCGCCCACGACGGAGAGACCGAGAGAGGAGGCCGAGCUCACAGGGCGGCGGGGGAGGACGGCGAGGAGAAGCAGCCGACGCCCAAGUCUCCUCGGAGGGGGGUGGCGGCCACAGCGCCCCUCGCAGCCCUGGAGGUCCACAUCCCCCGGACGGUGUUCUACGGGGUGGAAGAGAUGCUGGAGAGCAAACGGCCCAGCGUGCAGAGCGACGACGGCAGGGAGGACGGAGAGGGAGGGAGGAGGGUGGAGAGGAGGGACAGCUGGAGGAUAGGGAAGCCCUUGAGUCGCAUCGAGUCCCUCAAAGAGAAGAUCCGACAGAAGGAGAGAGAGAAGCUGAGGAACAUGGAGGCAGGGGUGGGAGACAGGGAGGGGGAGGGGGGAGAGGGUAACGGGUCUCAGGGAGACAGUUGUGAGGAGAGGAGAGAGGGAGGAGCAGAGAGGGAGGGAGACGUUAACACGAGGAAGGGAGGAGAGAAAGAAAGCAGACAGGAAGGAGUUGCGACACACACAGACGCUGUGGUUUACGUCAGACAGGAAGUUGGUUUGUUGAAAUCCAUCCCACAGCUUCCUGUUCCUGCUUCGUUCUCUCUAAGCGGCCGGGUCGAGAAAGAAAGCGGAGGGAUUUCAAUCAUCGUCUCAGAGCCUGAGUCCGACAGCGACGAGGAGGAGGAUCGCCUCAGACAUGAAGAACUGAGGUGCGGCGCAAAGAUCUGGCAGAGAAGACAAGCGGACAGCCGAGGAGAAGAGGAGGAACUCCCAGAAGAAGAAGAAGAGGUGGUGGAGUACCCUUCACACUCUCCCUCUCCGCCUCUCCCUCACUCGCUGGAAGCCAUGAGCCGAAUCUACAACCUCAAGACGGUGGGCUCCAGGACAGCUCUGAGCCUGAGUGAGAGAGCAGUGGAUCUGCCCUCUCACAUCAAGGUCCAGCCCCACACGGGGGUGCCCCAGGAGGCUAGCCCCGCAGAGGGGCCCGAGGGGAGGCCCCAGCGGGGUGAGGGGCCCUCGUCGGACGCCAGAUCUCUACAGCGCCAGCUGGAGAACCUCCAGCUGAGGGAACAGGAAGCGCGAAGGCCGUCUGACGACAGCUCGUCCCAGACGUCUGCAGGAAAGCCCCAGGGUCUGACGGACCAGAGGGAGGCGAGGGCACAGGUGAGCCCCAGACUGCAGCACCCGCCAAGGGAGAACCACACCUCCAGACCCCAGCACCCACCCAGGGAGAACCACACCUCCAGACCCCAGCACCCACCCAGGGAGAACCACACCUCCAGACCCCAGCAGGAGGAGACCACGCGGGGGCCCCAGCAACUGAGAUCCCCCCUCCUCCGGCCAAAGCAGGCCCAGACAUCCACCGAACCCAGAUCCACCCACUCCCGCUCUCUCCUCUGCCCCUCCCAUGAGAACUCUCUAAAACAUCCAGGCAGGGUGAGUUGCCCCCCCACCCCUUCCUCCUCCCCCUGCUCUCCCUCUCCAGCCUCCUCCCCCUCCAUCUCCCCUUCCCCCUCUCCCACCCUCUUCACCAUCCGGAGUGCGUCCGGGGCUCAGCCAGGGAAGAGGGGAGCCACCAUCACCAUCACCCCCAGAAAGGCUGCCGCGGAUGGGCAGGCAGCGGGCCCCAUACCCCCCAACACCUCCAAAACCUCCCCCACCUCCACCUUCACCCCCAAGACACUGAGCCAGCUGCCCACCCUGACUGAAGCAGGGGUGGGGGGCAAGAAGAGGUACCCCACCGCGGAGGAGAUCCAGGUGAUAGGAGGGUAUCAGAACCUGGACAGGUCCUGUCUCACCAAGAGCAGAGGGACUUCCAAAGGGGUGAAAGUGUGUUUUGACGAGGCCCAGCUGGAGCGUGUGUGUGAGUACCCGUCCGAGACCUCUCUGCUCAGCUCCACCCCCCACCCUCACCCCCAGGACAAGGCGGAGGUGAGGCGGGAGGAGGAGGAGGAGGAAGAGGAGGAGAGAGGAAUCUGUGGGCCCAAAAACACCCGGAGUGUGGGAGCAGCGACAGGCAGAGUGCUGAGAGUCGAUGAGUCGUGUCCACGCUAAAGGCCAGAGGCACCAACACAAUACUCACGGCAUGUGAGGACAGACUGGUCACACAGCCACACUAUUCACAUUUAUACCACCAUGUGUCACAGUUACUUAUUCCUUUUUUAAUUAUGGAUAAACAUUUGUUACGUGCAAUUUUUGUUUUACUUAGCAAAAGGAACGGACUGACUUGUAUGCAGUGAAUGGGAGUGUUAUAGGUUGUUAGUAGGACCCUGUUUUCAGGGAAACAGUAAAUACUGUCAAAUAUUAAAUAUGACAUAAAUCUGAAUAUGUUGAAUAUGAUAAUUACUUUUAACAUCAGGUGUUGAAAGGAUGAUCACAUGUCUAUGCACAUUAGUUUACUUGGUGAUGGAAUGUUGAAUAUGGAAUGUAAAAUAUAGAAGGAGGAAUAUGGAAUAUGGAAUGUGAAACAUGCAAUGUGGAAUAUAGAAUUAGGAAUGUGGAAUGUUUGGAGGGGGGGGGGCGUUUACCAAAUUGAAUUUUAGUGAUGGAUCAGCCCUGUGAAGAUUCUGCGAUGUUUAUAACAUCUGGUGUCUGUGCCUGAUGGAUUUGCCCAUACAGAUUUUUACAACAACUGUUGUUAUGUGAGUGUUUGCAAAUAGGUUAUACUUCACUCAAAAAAAUAUGCAUUGAAAUAGGAAAGGGUGGUAGAGGAGUUUUAUUAAGAUUAAUAUUUGAAAGUGUUGCUAGAUAAUGUUAAUAUGAUAUUGUACAUGUCCAAAUGUAAAUGGUGAUUCUCUUUUGGUCAAUGGACUUGUGUUAUUUUGGGUCUUUCCACCAGGCCUUAACUGCUUACAUAAUGAAAACUCACAUCUUUAGUUUUACCACAUAGAAUCAUGACUUGUUGCCGUGGGGAUAAGACCAUAGGUUGUGGUCUGUGAAUAUUGUUUCAGUUAUUUUCUUGAGAAUGUUUUCCUUAGAUAUUUACAAAUUUUGUUUCUGAUUGUUUUCUAAUGUGGUUGAAGAAGCUGGCUUCAAGAGAAAUUUUAAUAAA